AGAAAACAGCCAGUUUGAUCCGGCUAAACGGCUACUUUCACACAGUCUAACAUAAGCUACAUUUCUUCACAGUCCCAUGUCACAUAUAUCCUAAACAUAUUCCGUACAGACCAGUCCCCACGACCCCAGGACACGGUUUGUAGAGGUUCUGCUUAUUUGACGUGUGUUUUCUUUUAAAAAGAAAAAAAAUUGGGUUGUACUUUUCCCCUCUGCAGUCCCUCCACCAAGUGUUUGCAUUCGUAGAACUUCUGCUGGCAUCUGCAUUCGCAAGGACUUUUAUCUAUCCCGUUACACUCAUAUGUUUGUCUAUAUCUUGUUUGUAACAUAAAGCAGUUUUUUCGGCGUCCGAUCUCUCAGCUGCGACGUGUCCAGGUCUCCUAAAUGGACGCAAUGAAAUCGUUCCUGUUGGCCUACUUUAUCCCCGAGAAAUGCUACGACGAGUUUUUUGUAAGGCUGCAACUGUUACACGUGCCGUGUCUGAGAAUCGCCCUUCGGAAGACCCUAGGCAUCUGGGUCAUGCUAGGCUCUGUUACAGCGAAACUGCCCCAAAUGUUCAAGCUUCUGGGGGCGAAAAGCAGCGAGGGCCUAAGUCUGCCAUCCGCCCUGGUGGAGCUGUACGCCGCAGCGGGCACCGUGGCCGUGCAGAUUGGCCGAAACUUCCCCCUCGAUGCCUGGGGUGACAGUCUCUUCAUCCUUGUCCAGAUGGUGGCCAUAACCUUUCUCAUUCUCCAUUACAGAGGGCACACAGUCAGAGGCUUGGCGUUCCUGCUUCUCUGCUGUUGCCUUCUUUUCGGCCUGUUUUCCUGCACACUCCCCAGGCUGGUGCUAACAGCAGUGCAGGUGUCCAUUGCUCCCACUGUCGUCGUAUCCCGGCUCCUGCAGGUGUGGACCUGCUUCCAGAUUGGCCACACAGGGCAGCUCUCUGCGCUCUCCAUCUUCCUGCAGUUUGCCGGCUCCCAGGCCCAGCUCAUCUCCUCCUCCCUGGAUAUGGGAGAACUGAUGAAGAUCCUGCCCUAUGCGAUCAUCUGCUGCUGCGAUGGUUUUCUGGCAGCUCAGAUGUUGUGCUACUGGAGCUAUGGGCCAGGCGUGAAGAAGAAGGUGGAGUAGCUGAGAGCAGAACUCUGCCUUCACAUACAGCAUGUAGAACUUCACGAAGGAUCUUCUCUGUACUGUGAGGGACAUCAGCCCAAGCAUGCAGCUUUACCGGUACCUGUUUUUUCUGUUAUUCGCUCUGAGGAGAAACUCCCCCUUCAUCCACUCAUCCUCUUCACUGCUCCUCACCAACUGAACCUUGACCAUAAGGAAUUCAGUAAUGUGAGACAUGUUGAGUGUCUGUCUGCAGGACUGGGCCAUUUCAAACACCUCUCCCUUCAUUAAAUGGUGAAAUGUUCUACUCUGUCUCAUCCAGAGGAGCAAAAUGCUGAAUCCCGAUGCUGUUUGGUAUUAAUGCCAAAAUAGUAUUUGUUUGGGAGUCACCGCAUAUUUGAUCUUGAGUCAUACUGGGAGUCACCACUUACUUGAGACUGAGUCACGUUGGGAGUCACUCCAACACCAUAUUUGACUCAUGCGAGAAGUUAUUAAGCUGGCAGUUGUUCAGCUGAUGUAAUAUUGGUGGUACCUGAGGCUCUGUCCACCCCACGGAGAGCAGCCCCCUCUUAUCAGAGUUCCCUCGUCGAUGCAAUGAAA